UUUUUCUCCUUUUGGGGUUCUUGCCUGGUUUUGGAUUGCAACAGUGAUCUGUUACUAGUCCUAGUAGUUUUGCUCUUAUGUGACAUAUGAGUAAACACAACAAAUGAGGGACUAGAAUAUUGUAUUGUUAAUGUUAUAUAGGACUCUUCAAGGAAGUAAUCUGUCUUUUUCUGAAUCACUCAGCCACUUUUUUCUAUUUCAGAAGCUCUGAGAAAAUUGGAACAACAAAUUCUAAUAGUAAUCCAGUGAUUCAUCCAUCUGUUUUAGCAACAGGCACCACAAAACUUUGGAGAAGGAUUUCUGCCUCCAUGUUUACACUGUCAGCAGGAAAUGGACUUUCUGCUAUGCCAGCUUUGAAUUUGCCUGAAAGAAAAGCUGAACUUAACACCAUGGAAGAACAUCAACAUCUACAUUGUGUCAACUGUGUUAGUCGACGAUGUAUGACCAGACCAGAGGCUGGCAUUUCCUGUGACUUAACUGGUUGUCCUAUGGUUUGUGGAGCUGUGUUUCAUUCAUGUAAAGCUGAAGAGCAUCGCCUUCUAUGUCCACUUGAAAGAGUGCCUUGUCUAAACAGUGGCUUUGGCUGUCCAUUUACUGUAGCUCGAAACAAAAUUGCUGAACAUCUAGAAAAUUGUCCUGCAAGUGUGGUAUGCUGCACUAUGGAAUGGAAUAGAUGGCCAGUCAGUUAUGCUGAUCGAAAAUCAUAUGAAAAUCUAAGCAAAGAUGUUGAUGAAGUUGAGCAGUUAGACCUGGCUCUUGCCCUUCAAGACCAGAGAAUGCUCCUUGAAUCUCUCAAAGUAGCAACUAUGACAUCGAAAACAACUGAUCAGGUGUCAAAAUAUAGAGAACAGACGUCUGUUACAAGUGCCCAAGAUGCUCCACUUUCAAAUGGCUUGAUGCCUGUCGAUGAAGAGUCAUAUGGUGCACUUUAUCAAGCUACUGUGGAAACAACGAAGAGUUUAGCCACAGCUUUAGAUAUCCUGAACAGUGCUACUAGAGACAUAAGUAUGUUAAGUUCAAAGCUUGGUAUUUCAUCAUGUGAAGCUUCCAGUGAAGAUUACCAGACAAAAGAGGCUAACUGUAAUAGAAGUAUGCAUAGAGUGGUAGAGCAUAACUACUUAGAUGAUGACAGCAUUGGAGCGGUUGGUGGCAUUCAAGUAGAUGCCUUGAUUCACAGUGCUCAGCUGGAAAAAAAUGGUUCAAGUGACAUUUGUUAUGACACCAUGCAACAAUGUAAAUUGAGCAUGAACUUUGAGAACACCUCUUUAUGUAAUGGCUUUCAUGUAGACAAUGCAGACACUAACACAUUGCAACAGAGUGAAGAAACAGAUGUGUGUAAUUCCAACCUAUCUAAUGUAGCAAAUGUUGUAUGUAGUGCAUCCCCAUGUGAUGAAACAUUGAAUUUUUGCAACUCUAUUCCUGUAGCAACCCAGGUUAAGGAAGAAAUACCUCUGCACAGUUUGUCUAAUGGCACUAUUAAUCAUGUAUAUCUACCACAUGACUGUAGCGAAGAACUAUUACAGAGACAAAUAGAACAAGAGAGACUCAGAAAUAUAGACGUAUUUUCUUUAAUUCCUCAUCGUAGUUAUAAUUUCCUUGCAAGUCACUAUUUUUCUGCACCAAAGGAAGACAAAGCAGUAGACACAUCAGAUUUGGAAAUAACAGAAGAUCCUAUGGGUGUUCAGGGAAUAGACUUAAUCACAGCAGCAUUAUUGUUUUGUCUUGGGGACUCUCCUGGUGGCAGAGGAAUAUCUGAUAGUCGUGUUAUUGAUGGAUAUCAUGUUGAUUUUGGGACUCAGACAUUUUCUCUUCCAUCUGCAAUCCUGGCGACAAAUACAAUGGUAGGGGAAAUUGCUUCAGCAUCAGCAUGUGAUCAUGCAAAUCCACAACUCUCAAAUCCAAGCCCUUUCCAGACACUUGGGCUUGAUCUGGUACUAGAAUGUGUGGCUAGAUACCAAACAAAGCGUUCAAUGUUUACAUUUGUUUGUGGACAACUGUUUAGACGGAAUGAAUUUUCUUCACAUUUUAAGAAUGUACAUGGUGAUAUUCAUGCUGGCCUCAAUGGCUGGAUGGAGCAGAGAUGUCCUCUGGCUUAUUACGGAUGUACAUAUUCUCAACGCAGGUUUUGUCCUUCAACACAAGGGGCAAAGAUAAUUCAUGAUCGGCAUCUUCGAUCAUUUGGGGUUCAGCCUUGUAUAUCUACUGUGCUGACAGAGCCUGAUAAGAGGUGUUGCUUAGGACUGCGUAGUGAUCAUCUAAGCAAUCUUCCUUUUGAGGUUUUGCAGCAUAUUGCAGGUUUUCUAGAUGGCUUUAGUUUAUGUCAGCUCUCACGAGUAUCGCGGUUGAUGAGAGAUGUAUGUGGAAGCUUACUACAGGCACGUGGAAUGGUCAUACUGUUGUGGGAAAAGAGGAUGUAUCCAGAUGGAAGUUCUUCGUGGCAAAUAAAAGAAAAGGUGUGGCGAUUUAGUACAGCUUUCUGUACUGUAAAUGAAUGGAAAUUUGCUGACAUCGUAAGCAUGGCUGAUCACUUGAAGAAAUGCAGUUAUAAUGCAGUAGAGAGACGGGAAGAAGCUGUACCACUGCCAUGCAUGUGUGUUACACGAGAGCUUACGAAGGAAGGACGGUCAUUGCGUUCUGUUUUGAAACCUGUACUUUAAACACAAAGAAUUUAUUUCCAGUUGCACAUACACUCAAGCACCUGAUGUAACCUCUCUGUAAUAUUGUGACACUUUAUUAAUUUACUAAAUAUGAUUUCUUGACAUUGUGUACAUAACAUUUUGAAGUGGCAUUUAUUUUUUAUAAUGCUGUCCAGUUAUAAUUAAUGAAAAUUGCCUUAAUGUUUGGAAAAAAAUGAAUUUGCUGGACAGAGCAGUUUUCUAGUAUGUACACCAUCCGUAAAUUUUUGUUGGAGAUUUGUAUCCUUUUUUUAAGACUUCUGAUUUCUAGAGGUAUGCAUAUUCAGACAGGAACUGGUAUAGGAGAAAAACAGCAUAUGCAUGUGAUAUAUUUACAAAUUAGGAUAUAACUAAUUAAAAAGCAAACUCUAGUCAGAAUUUAGCAGCACAGAUCUUGUGCUGUCUGCUCGUUUUUAAUACUGCUUUGCUAAAUUAAGAUGACCCAGUGUUAUUUUAUGAAGUUUCUAGUAAAGGAUUAAAUUAUAUAGGAUGUGUGUUUUUAGUAUUAAUGCACGUCAGUAGAGGAUGCAGUUCACAAACUUGGAAGUCAGUAGCAAAACCAUUUAAAUAAUUUUUUCAUCAAGUUUUGAUUGGCAGCAGACUUGCUUCUAAUAAUCUCUUGAUGUCAAAAUACCAGUCUAAUCAAACAAAUUUAAUUGUAUUUUGAUUAUUAAGGUGCACUUCAACUAGCAUUUAGGUUUAACUAAUGUCUCCUCUUCUGUUGUUUUAAAGGCAAAACAUGAAUUUGAACAAAAUUCCUGUUGUUUGCUGUAAAGUAGUCACACAGCAUUGAUAUCUAGAUUAAUGCAUCUAAAAAGGGCUUAAAAUUGGUUUUAUUGAUAGAAUAUCUUACAGUUAACACAUCCACAGAUGUACUACUUGGCUUCAAGGUUAUAUUAAGUUGUACAAGACACUGAUUCCGAGCACACUUUGAAGUAAAUUCCACUGAGAUUUGCUUCCAAACAAAUGUAUUUAGGACAGAGGUAUUGGUAUGCUGUCUUUAUAAGAUGAGAACCCAUUGACUCUAUAAAGCAUUACUUAAAUACAUAUGUAUCCAUUUCAUGAUUCCAUAGUCUUCCACAGUUUGAAUAUUUACAGAAACUAUGAGAAUGCCUUUAACUAUAUUUCAUAAUUAAGAAGUUUUCAUACUUGAUACUGCUGGACUAUAUUGGUGCCACAGACUAGCAGCACAAGUUUGUAUAAAUGUAAUAAGGGUUUCCAUUUUUAAAGGGGAUAAGUAUUGAAAAGAUGUUAUAGAAAUGGCUACAUUUGUAAUGAACUCACUUCAGUAUACAGUACUUGAUCCACAAGCUGCUUAUUUCCUUAUAUAUUAAUACAAUCUAGGAAAUAAUCCAAUUUUUCACAAGUCAGUCUAUCUAUAGUCCCUUAAAAAACAAACUGAGCCUCAGCCUCAUUCUUUGGUGCCAUAUAACAUAACAUGGAUGUUUGUUCUGUAUAACUGAUUUUUGUAAUGUUUGGAACUUGGAUCGGUUGCCUAUUCACAAAGCUGCCUUUCUCUGUGAGGUGGCCAGACAAGUAUGUUCUCCUCCAGACUUGUGGAAUUUGGUCCUCAGUUGAUAGAACAACAUAUCGAAUUAUAUGCCAGGAUCUUCUUCCUGGGGUUCUGGUGUAAUCAGUGUUAGAAGUGGGUGGGUGAUGUAUCUUCACCAGCUCAGGAGGGCUGGGAGACCUUCUAUAACUGGUUUCAGGAUGCGAAGGGCUAGGGAAGGGGGGCCCACCCACACAAGUGCUCGAUUUAAGCUUAAUAAUUUUGGGGAAAGUGCAGGGGACAUCAUUGCUGUGCUAGGCCUGAUAAUAUGUUGACCUUUCAUGUAGGAUGUUCUUACAGUCAGAAAAUGACUAAUUCUCAAGUAGGAAACAUAACCUUCAGUAGUUUCUGGACAGUUGCAUUCCCCACCCGAACAGAUGUCAGUCUGAAAUAACCCGUAAUAUUCAUUCCAGAGUUUUGCAGGCUGCUCUGUAUAUGCUGAGGCUUAACCAUCAGAUUUCCUCCACUCCCCAUUGUAUAUUUAAUUAAUAUUUUCACUUUUUGUUAGAGUAUAGGAAGGGGCAGAAAAAAAAGCUUUGGCUUAAUUGAGGAGAGAAAUUGCAGCUGCAGAAACUCUACAAUAGACAGCUCUCUAGCUUCCAAAGAAGUGCAGGUGGUACCUGUGGUGUCCAUUUGAUUCAUUGUUGUUGCAUUAAGCAUUUUGAACACUUCAUUCUCAACACUCCAUGCACUUUUAUGUUCAAAUCUAGAUACUGUGUUUUUUAAAAGUUUAAUCCAGAGCUAUUAAAACAUUAAUGCUGUAAAAAUAUGUUUGGUAUACUCUUGUGUACAGGAACAACAUGAAUGUAAGAUAUCAGUAUUUUUAUACUGCUAUGCAGUUUUUUAAAAAAAGAAAACCAGUGGUAUGUAAGUUGUCAAUACUUGACUUUUUUCCUGUACUGUACCCUGCAUUUUAAAUGUGUGAGUGUCUCCAAGUACUUGUUCCAGUUGUGUUGCCUUUAAUUCAUAUUCACGGCUGUUCCUUUCUUACCAAUACACUACUACCUUAUUUCAAUGUUUCCAACAAAUGCUGCAUCUGUUAAAAUUCUAAUAAACACAUUUGCCAUUUC